UUUAGAAGCGGGUAACGGGUCUCUGACUGAUUUUAGAAGUCAGUAAUAUGAUUUAGAAAGAGAUUUGAUUUGUACUGCAAUAGAUGGUUAUUGGAGAAUAAAAUAUCUCACAGUGGAUAGAACUGCAUCUAAAUGCACACAUUUAUUGGCAUAAUGUCCAAGUAGUCGAAGUGCUCUGGUGGGACAGCAGAUAAUGAGCUAAUCCUAAAGAUAAAACCAAAGAUAAUCGAACACUAGAUGGCAGCCAUAUUGAAGGAAGAGUGGACGAACAGGUAUAUAGGAAGUGACAUCACUAACCCCGGAAGCCGGAGGGGGGAGCCUCAGAGAGCAAGAUGGCAGCAAAAUCUGAUGGUGUGGGGGUCGUUACCGGUUUCGCCCAACUGCACAACCUGGACGAAACGGUGGGGAACGGCGAAGGGGAUCCGGGGGAGAGCAGCUCCAUCCACAUCUGUCACUGCUGCAACACCUCGUCAUGUUACUGGGGCUGCCGAAGCGCUUGCCUGCGCUCUCUCUUGGGGAAGGGGAAGGAAGGUAGGCGGCAGCCGCCGCAGGAGGAGCGCCUCUGGCUGGACUGCCUGUGGAUCGUCCUGGCGCUGUUGGUCUUCUUUUGGGACGUGGGCACGGACCUGUGGCUAGCUGUCGACUACUAUUCCAAGCGGGACUACCUUUGGUUUGGGCUCACCCUCUUCUUUGUGCUCGUCCCCUCGGUGUUGGUCCAGAUCCUGAGCUUCAGGUGGUUUGUGCAGGAUUACACCGGAGGAGGUUUGGGGGCAGUGGAGGGGCUCAGUAGUCGGAGAAUCCCGGCUGCAAUGGGCGCUGCCGUUCAAGGCAGGGACAGGUGCUGUAGGAUCUCGGUGUGGAUCUGGCAGUCUGUCAUACACAUCCUGCAGAUGGGACAAGUAUGGAGGUAUAUCCGUACUAUGUACCUGGGCAUUCAAAGCCGGCGGCAGAAGGAACACCAACGCCGCUUCUACUGGGCCAUGAUGUACGAAUAUGCAGACGUCAACAUGCUGCGCCUCCUGGAGACCUUCCUGGAGAGCGCCCCACAACUGGUGCUACAACUCUGCAUAAUGAUCCAAAAGAACCGGGCUGAGACACUACCGUGCAUGUCCUCAUUGGCCUCCUUGUUCUCCCUGGCCUGGGUGCUGGCGUCCUACCACAAGCUCCUGAGGGACUCGCGGGACGACAAGAAAAGCAUGAGCUAUCGGGGCGCCCUGAUCCACAUCUUCUGGCGCCUGUUUACCAUCUCCUCCCGGGUGCUUUCCUUUGCCCUUUUCGCCUCUAUCUUCCAUCUCUAUUUCGGGAUCUUUGUGGUGAUCCACUGGUGCGCCAUGGCUUUCUGGAUCAUCCACGGGGGCACUGACUUUUGCAUGUCCAAGUGGGAGGAGGUCCUCUUCAACAUGGUGGUGGGUAUCGUUUAUAUCUUCUGUUGGUUCAACGUCAAGGAAGGUAGGACCCGAUACCGCAUGGUGGCUUACUACCUAGUGGUGCUCACCGAGAACGCCGCCUUGACGUUUCUGUGGUAUUUCUACAGGGACCCUGCUGCCACUGACUCUUACGCAUUGCCUGCCUUGUGCGGCGUGUUACUCAGCUUUGCCACAGGGGUGGUCUUCAUGCUCCUCUACUAUGGAGUGCUCCACCACACGGCCCCCCGGGCAACGAUCCUGGCUAGUUCUUGCUGUGCUGAGCUUCUCUGGGGGUUGCCUUUGCCUCCCGAAGCUGAGCUCAUGGCUCCCACCCCGGGGCCUAGGGGAUCCCAGGCUACGCGAAGCAGAGGAGGCUCCACCGGGGAGCAGCAGGAGGAAGAAGAGGACCUGACAGCCGACACCUGCCUGCCUGUUUUCCAGGUGAGACCAACGGUGCCAACCACCCCCAUGGGAAGGCCCUACCACCUCGAGGGUCCACUCAUCAAAAUCGACAUGCCAAGGAAGCGCUACCCAGCCUGGGAUGCCCACUUUGUGGACCGUAGGCUGAGGAGGACUAUCAACAUCCUUCAGUACAUCACCCCCGCAGCAGUAGGGAUCAGGUACAGAGACGGACCCUUGCUCUAUGAGCUUCUUCAGUACGAGUCUUCACUUUGAAGGCGGUUUCUUUCUUUUUCUAUCCCUCUGUCUGUUUCUCAAUUAUAACUCAUUUUUGUUUGUUUUAUUUGUUUUCUGGGUUUUCUUUUUUUUGCUUUUGUUUGUUGCUUUUUUUUGGUUCUUCAACUAAAGAAAGGGACCUUUAUUUUCAUGUUACACUGUCAUAGUUCAUAAGACAAUGAAAAAUAUAAAAACUAACACAAACAAAAAAAACAGACAGAAAUAUUUUUUAAAACCUGCAUAUAAGCUUUGUUUUUUUCUGGUUACUCUGUGUAUAUAAGAAUAUGUUUUGUAUGUACGAAAAGAAACAAAAAUUUGUUUUUCUCUUCAUUUUUCUACACACAAGAUAUAAUGGUAUUUAAAUUCUAUGCUUCGCCAUGUGGUGGAGAGAGGUGUCUUCACCCAGGUGUUUUAUAUUCUAACGUAGCAGCCGUAUAGCAUCCUGGGAAUGGUGGAGGACUGAAAAGUACUUUGCUAACUUGUCAUUUGAGCAGUUAGCAAACCUCCAAACCACCACAACUGAGGCUAGCCCCCUCUAGUGUUGCAUUAUGAUUAUGUUACACAGACUGACUCAAUUGAACUAAAAAGGGUAAUAACCGUGAUUUAAUGGAGUAGUUAAUUUCUUGUCCCUGUUCACUUCCUGUGCUCCAGGUAUAGGAAUCCUCCCUGAUCAUCACACUCACGUUCUGUGCUGCACGUGAGACAAGUGGGUUGUGGUGUAAACAAAAAAAAAUAAGGGACCUGUGAGAAAGUUACAAUGAGAAGCAAGAACUUUGCUCUGUUUUUUUCCCCCCGUUUUAUAAACUCAUAACAACACUGAAUUGGAGAACAGGUCAGUCUGGUAGACAAGCACGUCCACUUUGUACAGAAGAAAGCACAUACUUGCACAAACUGUUGUACUCGACAGUACUGGGAAAAGUUAUGGAAAAACCUUUUAGUAAUGUGCAUUAAAUGUUGUCUCAAAACUGGCUCAGGAAGCAUAUAAAUAUAUACAAAUAUAAUAAAGUAAUAAAUAUAAAACAAAUACAAAAAAAAUAAAAAUCUUACCUUAGAAAUGGGGUACUCUGCAAUAGGAGUGCAGCCCACACUGUAUGGCUCUGCUGCUGAAGUGGUGAAAGCUGAAAUCUGUUCCAAAAAGAGACUGAUCAAGAGCCGGAAGACAUUCGCUGAUGAUCUGGCCAAGACAUCACCAUCCAGAUUAUCAAAGACUGAUUGUCUUUAAUCAAAAAGAUUAAGGGGCUAAAAGGAACUAGAAUAAUAUAACAUUUUAUUAAAAGUUUUGGACUUCAGUGGCAGUUCAUCUGAAUGGCAAACAAGACUUCACAGUCCACAGCUAUAGUGAUGAAUGGCAUGGCUCUCUGAAGCUAACCUCUCCAUCUCGUGAACUUGGGGUGGUGAUUUGACAAGAGUCCACUCAACACCAACCAAAAAAAACAAAACAAAACUGUGUAUAUGGUAAAUGAAAACUAGCUUGAACAGGAAGCCAUAGCAGGAAUUUACUUUGUUAAGGUGUUUCCAUAAUAUUAUUCCCAGUAGAGUAUGGUGGAAGCGGCUCAGACAUCUGUGUUCUCAAACACUCAUACCCUACUCUUAAGUCAAAAAUACAUUUAAAUGUGAGAACGUAUUUUUCCAUGACUGUGACAUUAUAGGAGAGGGCAGGUUGGUGUAGAACAAAACACAACAGUAGCUUGAAACCUUACACUGGAGGGUUAUUUAGCCCAUCUUCUGCUUGGUUUUAUGGGUACGAAACCCUUUUUAAGUACUACUCAUGACAGUAGUUUUUAGGUUACAACUGUUACUUUUGGUCUCUGUGGAUUAGAUCUAUUUCUGAGAUUAAAGUGACCUCUGCAGGUAGUGAAUGGUAGUGAGGAUUUGCCAAAGCUAACACAAUUGGUGCUAACAUUAUCAUCACCCAUACUGUAUAUUAUGUGUUUGACGGUUGCUCAUUGUCUUGCUUGCUUUACUAGUGGUCAGUAUCAGUUUCUAAAUUGCUGUGUUGUCAAAUGUUUGGAUAGAUUACCCUAGAGUAAACGUGGUUCCUUUUGUAGCCUGUGUACAAAAAGGUGACUCCGAAUAACUGUUCCCAAAAAUGCAUCAGAAUUCUUAAAAUGUGUUCUUUAUUAAAUGACUGAUUUGGCAUAAUGUGUGUUGUUAUAAUUUCUAAGGGCCCAGUUUACACUAAUGGGUAAGGAAUUCGUAUUAUGCUGUAUAUAUUAGCUAUAAAAUGUUGUGCCUGGCAUUACACCAAUACUACUACUACUACCAAUAAUAAUAAUAAUAAUAAUAAUAAUAAUAAUAAUAAUAAUAAUAAUAAUAAGGCUGCUAUAAUAAACAUGUCAGUUGGUAUCAUUUACAGAUUAUUUCUUUUUAGUUUACGAAACCAAAGCUGAUCUUAUUAGCUGUGACGCGUGCAGCUUUUACAGUAAUGAUAAAAAUAAUUAAAAAAAAAAAAAAAAAAAAAAAAAA